AUGUCACCAUUCCGCAUUGUUUAUGGGAAGGCGUGUCAUCUUCCUCUAGAGCUUGAGCAUAGAGCAUAUUGGGCUAUUAAGAAGUUGAACUUUGACUUCAAGAAGGCGGGGGAAAAGAGAUUGCUUCAAUUGAAUGAGUUAGAUGAAUUCCGAUUAAUGGCAUAUGAGAAUGCCAAGCUCUAUAAGGAGAAAACGAAGCGAUGGCAUGAUGCUCACAUCUCCCCUAAGGUCUUAGAGGUUGGUCCGUUUGUACUUCUUUACAAUUCACGCUUGCGGUUGUUUCCGGGAAAAUUGAAAUCUCGUUGGAGUGGCCCAUUCAAAAUCCGGAAUGUGGCGAAUCACGGUGCGGUGGAAUUGGAGAAUUCCAAGGGUGAAACUUUCAAGGUUAAUGGCCACCGGUGCAAACCAUAUCUUGGACCCUUGACGAAUCGGGUGGAAGAUGAGAUAUCUUUCACAACUCCUACAUGA